CGCUAGCUCGCAAGUGUUUCCUGCAGCUGUCAUGGUUCGUCCGCUAAACUGCAUCGUCGCUGUGUCCCAGAACAUGGGCAUCGGCAAGGACGGGAACCUGCCCUGGCCUCCACUCAGAAAUGAAUUCAGGUAUUUCCAAAGAAUGACUACAGUCUCUUCAGUGGAAGGUAAACAGAAUUUGGUGAUUAUGGGUAGGAAGACCUGGUUCUCCAUUCCAGAGAAGAAUCGACCUUUAAAGGACAGAAUUAAUAUAGUUCUCAGUAGAGAACUCAAGGAACCUCCAAAGGGAGCUCAUUUUCUUGCCAAAAGUCUGGAUGAUGCCUUAGAACUUAUUGAAGAUCCAGAAUUAACAAAUAAAGUAGACAUGGUUUGGAUAGUGGGAGGCAGUUCUGUUUAUAAGGAAGCCAUGAACAAGCCAGGCCAUCUUAGACUAUUUGUGACAAGGAUCAUGCAAGAAUUUGAAAGUGAUACGUUUUUCCCAGAAAUUGAUUUUGAAAAAUAUAAACUUCUUCCAGAAUACCCAAGUGUUCCCUUGGAUGUCCAGGAGGAAAAAGGCAUUAAGUACAAAUUUGAAGUAUAUGAAAAGAACAAUUAAUGUGAAAAUGUUUUCCGAUCUAUUUCAAGCCUUUCCCCCCCCACAAAAAACUAUAUAUUUUUUGUUGUAGAGACUUUGUUCACUUUAGAUCUAUUACUUCUAAUCAAUGUAUUUUUAUUCCCUAUUAAUCUUUUUUUUAUUAAUUAUUAUUGGAGUAUACUUGCUUUACAAUCUUGUUAGUUUCUGCUGUAGAGCAAAGUGAAUAAGCUAUACAUAUACAUAUAUCCCCUCUAUCAAGACAGCCCGAAGUGGGAGGGUCCCCUGGUGGCUAGAGUUGAAAUCAUAUUCUGUAGAGGUAGGGACUAAGUCUAAAGAUCAGAAAUGGACCCUAAACAGGAAAACUAGCAUUCAGUUAUUAAAUCAAAAGAGGGACUAAGAAUUACUCCAUGUAGAUCACACUACUGAAAAAAAUUCUGUUCACUCAGACCAUUCCACAAGGAUAGUGAUGAACAGGUACAACACUACCUUUUGAUGGUUAAGGGAACGUCUGAGACCUUUAAAAACUUUGUUUCUGAACUUCAGUGAGAUUUCACAGGAUGUUACAAUGAUAGAAGAAGAAUUGGCUGCUCUUUACAAAAAAGGAUAAUCUAAAAUCAAGCAUAAUGGCUAAAAUUUUAAAAGGUAAUAAAUUGAGAAUAAAUGUUGCUAGAAACCAAAAUUAGUAAGUUAGAAACUAAACAUCACAGAAUUAAAAAAUGAAGACUAAACCAUGUUUUACCCAUCUUGUUAGCAAAGAUUUAGAUUACUAAUAUAAAAAAAUAGUAUUUUCUGCCUUAUAAAUUGGUACAACCUUUUUAGUGUGUAAGUUAGCAAUAUCAAUUAAAAUUCAAAAUAUUCUGGGUUUGGACCCAGGACUUCCACUUCUAAAAAUUAUUCCUGAACAAAGAGAUGGGCCCAAGAAUAUUUGUUGCAAAAUUUUGUUUUAAACUUAGAAAGAACCCAAUGUUGAUUAAUAGAACGAUUUAAUAUGUCUAUAAAAUGUAACAUCUGCAGCAGUAAAAAAAGGAUGACUGAAAAAUGCCAAAAACUGCUAAGAAGCAACUUAUGUAUCAACUCAAAAUG